AUUUAUUGGCGACGAAGUUCCGUGCGUUUGGGAGUGUGAUCAGAUGUGUUCGUCGUGAUUGUGUAGAUUAACUUCUUCGUUGAUGCCCAGGGAAUUGCACUUCGUAAAAUGAUAAAGAAGCAUGAUAACAAUGUCAUGGCUUCCGAGAAGAGGAACGGAAUUGAUCAUCGCGCGCUGGUAGAUGUAGCGAUUGUGUAAGAAGUGAAGCUGUUAUGAGCUGGAGGGCAAUACCACUCCCCUCAUGUAGGAGAACCUUCUUGAGCUUCCGGAACGAUUCUGCGUGAUCUCGUUGGGUGAGAGAAUGGAAGAAGCGGAGGAAGUAUCGGGGGACGAAGCCCCGUCGCACCCGAUUUUUGACUUGCGCGACGACGCCGACACCGACGAUUUCGAUCCGACGAUCCCCAUUUUCACGCGACUGGACUCCUCGGAAGUGAUUUACCAAGCUCGGAGGAAACGUUGCAAAAUAAUUGGCGGGGCUUACGUUGUUGGCGACACGCUCGGCGAAGGCAGCUACGGCAAGGUGAAGGAAGUCCUGGAUUGCCGGAACCUGACGCGGAAAGCCGUCAAAAUUUUUGCGGCCAAGAAACUCAGGAAGAUCCCGAACGGAGAGUUCAAUGCUCAGCGGGAAAUACAGGCGCUGAAAAUGCUGCGCCAUCCGAAUGUGAUACGUUCCUUUGCCAUUUUCGCCAACGAGGAAAAGGAGAAAAUGUAUAUGAUCAUGGAGUAUUGUGUGGUGGGGCUUCAUGACGUUUUGGAAAAGGCGCCCGGGAAAAAGUUGCCGCAGUGGCAAGCGCACGGGUACUUCGGCGAGCUUUUGGAUGGUCUGGAGUAUUUGCAUAGUCGUGGUGUCGUGCACAAAGAUAUUAAGCCGGGAAAUCUCCUACUCGCCACAGACGGAAUGCUGAAGAUUUCAGACUUCGGUGUCGCGGAGGUUUUGGACAGGUUCGCUCCUGAUGACACCAUCAGCGUUAGCCAAGGCACGCCUGCGUUUCAGCCGCCGGAAGUUGCCAUAGGACUUGAAGCGUUUCCGGGGUUCAAGCUGGACGUGUGGUCUAGCGGUGUGACGCUGUUCAACCUCGUCACAGGGGAAUAUCCGUAUUACGGUGACAAUGUGUUCCAACUUUAUAAAAGCAUUGCGGAAAAGGAGCUGGCAUUGCCCGCCAAUUUGGAUGAAUGGCUGUGUCAUCUCCUUUCGGGGAUGCUCAACAAGAAUUUCGAAACUCGCCUGUCAGUUACGGAGAUCAAGCGACACGAAUGGGUUUUGCGCCGCCCGCGGUCAGAAGGAGCUGUUCACAAAGAGUGCGUUUGCGUCCCGAGCUCGGAGGGCGACGAGUUCAAAUCAAUGACUGUGAUUCCAUACCUAGAGGACCUCCACUUCCCAGAUAAUGACUGCGGCGGAAGCACGUUCGCAGCUUACACCGACGCGACUGAAAUCGGAGGUGUUGCUUUUAUCACGGAGCACGAACUCAACGAACAAAUCCAGCAGGGCAAUGCACGUCGUUCGCAGCAGAAUACCAAUGCCAUGAGGUAUGCCACGGGAUCCGGAGGCGAAAAUGCUGAGUGUGGAGACAAUGCAAGCGACGAUCAAAGCCGAGGUCAGCGGGUUAUAGAAAAUUACGAGCGGAUCGUCAAGCGUCUGUCUGAUGUCUUUUUCGGCGGCGGUGAAUUUGUUGACGAGCCCGGCGGCGUCUUUAGUUCUGAGUGUUGCCCCAAGUGCAGGACUCAGCUGAGACCGGGUUCAGUCAAGUCACUUUUUUUGGACACUCUGGGAGAAGAAAACGAAAUGAGUGAUAACGAAGGAAAUGAACCGAAUGUGAUCACCGUUGCCCGGGAGCUGCGUGUGACUGAACUUCAAGAACGUGUGACUACCCUGGAAAGAGUUGUGAAACGCCUUCUACGGAGAUCGUACGAAUCUGAUGCACCGACAGACAAAUCCUGGAGCGCAAAUGGUAAGAAGCGCAGGAAAGUCAUGCGUGAUAGCGACGAAGAAUCUGCUGCUAAAACUGACGGUUCCAGUGUCGAAGCAGACUUGUCCGACGACGAAGAGCCAGAUGACUCUGUGGAGCAGGCUGACCACAAUGUCGAUUCCCAGCAAGAAUCGUGCGCUACUCCGCCAACCCCACCCCGUCGUGAAAUUAUGUACUCCCUUCGCAACCUGCAGCAGACCAUGGGAAAAGUGUUGGCCGUUUUUGUGCGGCUCGAUUAUUCGCGCCGCGGGAUCCGUGCGCCGGAACUGGCCGAGGAGUCGGAGUGCACUCGUCGCCAACUUCGGGCAUUGAUUGAGUGGCGCCGAUCGCUUUUCCGUGUCUCCAAAGAACGCGGCUACGGCAGGAGUAAUCACCUGGCGUCUUUUCUCCUGUCGAGGAUCUCGUGGACCCGCGUACAUAUAUCACUCCGAUCGGGAUUGCUCACUUGCUGUUGGUCUCACAACCGUCAACAAGAUGAAGGGGGCUGUACGGAUGAAGAAUGCAAGAAUCUCCACGUGUGCAAGCGGUACAUGCGAGGCACUUGCUCUUCAGCGGAUGGUUCUUGUCCGCUGGGCCACAGACGUGCCUUGCGAUCUUCACACUCUGAACGAGUUUUCACGAGUGUGUUCCGUUGUAACCCUAGUGCUGUGCCUGAGGACGUUUCGCUUGUGGAUCUCUUUCGCUACGUGAUGGGAUGA